UAAAAAAGUAAUUCGUCGUUCGCGUUUGGAAUACUAAGCUGGUUGACUAGAUUUUCCCGCUAAAAUGGCAACGGUUUUCUUGUUUUCCUUUUAGUACCAAAGAGUUUAGUACCGCUCCGGCUGUGCAGGAGGGAGGUUGUGUUCCGUCGCUCCCGAUCCUUCAUAAGUUGCGUCGCGAAAUAUUUCGGUUGUUUUAGUUUUGUGAUUGCGUUUCUGCGGUUUUGUGUUUGUUUUUUGUGUAUUUAUAAAAUGAGUUUCGUGAGUUUUUGUUAAUUUUUUUUAUGGAAAUGGCUGAUUUGGACAAAGAGGACGACGUUGAAGAAGAGGAGGGCACAGAGCUUGAACUCGAAGCGCUAUACCGCCGGUACUGCGUGCGGUUGAAACAUGCGCUCUUCGUGUCCGCGCUCUGCGUGACACUCUUAUUCACCCUUAUGUUGCUGUGUGCUGUGUGCAUACUACAUGCUGAUGAACUGCCUCAACAAGUCCAUUCCCUGGCCACGCUCUCCGUCAUCGUCUUCAUACUAUCCAUGGUGCUGGCGAUGGCGCUGUUGCCAGCUGCGCCGGAGUGGGAAGCGCUGGCGCUCACCGGCUCUGUGCUGGUGACGGCGUGUCUGGGCGCAGGCACGUUGAUGGCCACACACCAUGCGCCGUUGCCGCUCUUCGCUCUAAUAUUGAUGGUGCACACAAUGAUGCCGAUAGCCCGCUCCAUAGCCCUAGCCAUGUCCGCGGCCCUCACGAUAGCCUACAUGGGCCUCGCCCUAGGCCUGGGACCCCAUAACGCGGAGAACAAGUUUCAUUUGCAGCUAUGUUGUGAACUGGCCCUGCUCUUCUCAGCCAGCGGGAUCGGGCUGUACUACCGAGCGCUGACCGAGCGAGCGCACCGGAACACCUUCGCUGGCACCAGGACUUGUCUGGAACAGCGUGUCAAGCUGGAGUGCGAGCGGGAGCAACAAGAGAGGCUGUUGCUCUCUGUCAUACCUGCGUAUAUCGCUGCUGAGGUGAAACGCUCAAUAAUGCUCAAGAUGGCGGACGCCUGCGCCGACGCGUCCAAACAGACGCGCUUCCACGAGAUGCACGUCCAGAGACACAACAACGUCAGCAUCCUGUACGCGGACAUCGUCAACUUCACGCCGCUGAGUGAGCGGUUGAGCGCGUCCGACUUGGUGAAGACGCUCAAUGAGCUGUUUGGACGGUUCGAUCAGAUUGCUCAGGAAAACCAGUGCAUGCGCAUCAAGAUCCUGGGAGACUGUUACUACUGCGUGUCUGGUCUACCUGUGUCCCGGCCCAACCACGCAUACAACUGUGUCAACAUGGGACUACAGAUGAUCGACGCUAUUAGAUUCGUCCGCGAAGCGACCGGCUUCAACGUGGACAUGCGCAUAGGCAUACAUACCGGCAACGUGCUGUGCGGCGUGCUGGGCCUGCGCAAGUGGCAGUUCGACGUGUGGAGUGAUGACGUCACGCUCGCCAACCACAUGGAGUCCGGCGGGAUUGCGGGCCGAGUCCACAUAACAAAGGCCACGCAGCUGCAGCUAGGCGGGCGUUUCGAGGUAGAACCGGGCGAUGGAGCCUCCAGAGAGGGCUACUUGGCCGACCACAAAGUGGAGACCUUCCUGAUUAUACCCCCAAAGAAACCAUUCGGCAUAUCCGAGAACGGUCGUCUAUCCGUCUGCACAGUGGACCGCAAGGCCAGCAUCGUGUCGUCCAUCUACAACGACAUUUCACCGACCAAGCCGCGCGACAACAUCAGCCCGGUGCCGUCGACGAACAGCUUUGAAGAUGUCGUUCCUAAAGUGCUCAGGACAGAGUCUAUGAGGACGACUGUGGGAGCGCCUGGUGAUCUCAGCAGACGAGCAUCAGUGAAAGUUGAAGGUGCAAAAACAGUAGCGUUUGAAAGCCAAGCAACGAGCCCAGGCGAAGGAUUAGGCAAUGGAGUGGUACCAGCCAGUACUAAACCUAAAAGUCGAAGUGGGUCUAUCAUCGGAGCAAUCAGUCCUAUUAUGGGAACAGCUAUCCCUGGCGUGCCUACUAGAUCUAGACCUUCUAGUAAAAUGACAAAAUACGUGGAAUGCUGGGGCGCCGAUAAACCCUUUGCCAACAUCACCGAUUCUACUCUUGCUAAAAAUAUUGGGAUUUCGAGCCUUGCCAUGAUCGAGCACAAUUUAUUGCCUCAAAGGACAACGUGUUGCGAUUGUAGCAGUACAUCGGAAGACAUGAACCGCGUCACACUAUGGUUCACCCGCGGCAGCCAGGAGCGACAGUACCGCAACCAGCCAGACGAGCACUUCAAAUAUAAUGUGGCUUGCGCUGCGCUGCUGUUUCUGCUGUUAGCUGUGAUCCAAAUUCUGACUGUGCCAAGGGGUAUCGUCCUAUAUGCAUCAUUCGGGCCGACGUUCUUCACCCUCAUGGUGUUCGUGUACCUGUCGUGGUACGACGGUACGUUCCCUCGACGGCCGCUGUCCGACAUUCCCGCUGCCGAUGACCUGUAUGCUGACAACUGCACAAAACCUGGACAGGUGGUGACGAAAAAUAGAUACAUCAGAAUUACAAUGUUCCUGGUGUCAGUUUUACUGAUAGGCGCUUGUGCUGUCAUCAACUUAUUUCAGCCAUUACACCUCGACGACCAGCCCGAGUUACUGAGGUGGCAGAGGCUACAUAACGACACCAACUUUACUAGCGAUGUAAAGGCCGAUAGAGUGCGCCACUUCGAAUUAGAAGAAGCGCCGAGCUAUCUCUACAGCUCAGUGCUAACCCUGGCCUCAAUCUCCGUGUUUCUCCGCGUGGGCUUUGUCCUGAAGUUGGCAGUGAUGUGCUGCGUGCUCACCGCGCACAUCGCGCUGUUCGCGUCCUCGGAGCUAUUCUACCACAACCCGCUGUUGCAGCUUAGCGAGGAGAUAGAUGAAUUCUCCAUGCUCCCAUACGCAACCAAAGCCGGCCUGGUGCUAGUAUUCGUGGCCGCACUACUCCACAUCCUGGACCGUCAGAUCGAGUUCACGUCCAGGACCGACUUCCUCUGGAAAGACAAGCUCAAGUUCGAACAGGAGGAGGUCGAGACGAUGCGGGGGAUCAACAAGAUUCUGCUGGAGAAUAUAUUGCCGGCCCACGUGGCGCAGCACUUCUUGACGUCUGUGGCUUCGGAGGAAGACCUCUACCACGAGCGCUACUCAAGCAUCGCGGUCAUGUUCGCGUCCAUCCCCAACUACAAGGAGUUCUACGACGAGACAGACGUCAACAAGCAGGGACUCGAGUGUCUCCGGUUACUCAACGAGAUUAUCUGCGACUUUGAUAAGUUAUUAUUGAAACCGAAGUUCAGCGGAAUAGAAAAGAUCAAGACCAUCGGAAGCACGUACAUGAUUGCUUCAGGCCUGAGGCCAGGGAAAGAGGACCAAACGGACGCAAAAGGAAAGGAAGAGCACACAGUGGCGAUCCUAGUGGAGUUUGCGUUCGCUCUGAUCACAAUCUUGGACCAGAUCAACCGAGAAUCAUUUCAGAGGUUCAAGCUUAGGAUAGGUUUAAACCACGGGCCGGUGAUCGCCGGCGUGGUGGGCGCACAGAAGCCUCAGUACGACAUCUGGGGGAACACCGUCAACGUGGCUUCAAGAAUGGACUCCACUGGCGUCAUGGGACGCAUACAGGUCACAGAGGACACCGCUAAGGUUCUCAUGAACGCAGGUUACACGUGUGAGUGCCGCGGGCCUACAUUCGUGAAGGGGAAAGGAACACUCACUACAUACUUCGUCAAACCGCCCACGUCCAUCGGAGGAAUGUAAAUGGGAUG